AAAGUGAACCGCAUGUUCGAUUGGGUUAAAUUUUAAUCUUUUUUUCUUCGUCUUUCUUUUAUGUAUUUUCCAUUUUAAAACACCAGUCUACUCUUCCAGCAGAUGAGGUAAUUCGAUUCGAAUAUAAGCUGUGGUGUCCCCCGAAAUCUUGAAGAAAUUUGUAGUGGCGAUCGAUGGUGGGGAGAGAUGUGGAGAAGAUGUUGGCAGUAGGGCUUGUUUGGGGGGCCACUAACGCCCUCAUGCGCAAAGGCGCAAUCUUAUGGGACGAAGCACUCAAAUCAACGCCUGAAACAAACACGCCGCCGCUGAAGAAGUGGCUGAAGCUCCUCUUGAUUUGGCAGUACACUCUGCCAUUCAUAGUAAAUCUGUCAGCCUCGGCCGCUUUCUUCGCAAUCUUGAGCGACUCCCCAAUUUCUUUAGCUGUGCCCGUCACCAACGCUACUACUUUCGCUGCCACUGCUGUUUUUGGGAUCAUUCUUGGCGAAGAAACCCGCGUGGGCCUCGCGCUGUUUGGUACCUGUCUCAUUGUUAUAGGUGUCUGCACUUCAAUCAUGUGAUUAUGUUGUUUUGAUUGCCUUGUUGGAGUUGUGAAUGCUACGUGUUUGUUGAAAUGCUCGUGUGAGUAUGAGAAGUGGGAUUGCCUUUUGUGAUAGGUUUCUUCAUAUUGGAUCAUCAUGAAGUUGUGUGCUUA